AUGUCUCUCGCACAUGAGAACAGUUGGUACACAAAUGCGUCGACAGGAGUCGACACCAUGCUUCCUCGCAUGUUGAUGCUAGGCUGGCUGCCCCUCCUCCUUCUCACUCUUCCCCGGGCAUUCUGUGCGCUCGCCACAACGUUGAACGCCUCGCAGCACUUCCAUCGAUUUCGUGGCGCCACACAGACCAUCAAACCGACGACGAUGAGUGGUGGAAGGCAGUUCUUCUUCGCCGAUGUGAAUACGAGGGUCACUGCAAAAGUGGGAGCUAAAGCAGAGUUUCCUUGUCUCGUCUAUGGCAUCGACUUGACAAAUGUUGUGAUUUCUUGGUGGAAAGCAGGGGAAUACCAAGAGCUGUCACUCGGCCUGGAGACAAGACAGCACCGUUACUAUCUACCAAGAAAGUUUUACGAGGACUGGACCUUGGUGAUUGACAAUAUCCAAGAAUCUGAUGCCGGAUUCUAUGCCUGUCAAAUUAACGCAGACAGCCUACUUGAAAAAAUUUUUCUCCUAAAUGUCACUUCGCAUUAUACUGCCAGCGAAAUCUGA